AAAACUAGCAGAAUCCCAACAAUAGAAGAAGAAGACGUCUCGUUUGUUUGUACUCGGCUGCUCGUCAGAAGACCCGCUGAAAUUCAAAGUUUGAAGCGCAGUCACUGGACGUAGUCAUGUGUCGAACACCAAACUGAUUUAUAUAUUUCAAAAUUAUUUCAGGUAGCUAUCCGUAGUCCGUGUAGAAUAGUUCCUGGUGACUGGAAUAUUGUCUCUACAUAUUUUCGGAGCUCAUCAUGGAGCCCUCAGGCAGCGGCAGUCAGCUGAAGAGGCCGAGAGCCCCUCUGUCAGACUCUGAAGACAAUGUCUUCUCAUCCUCAGAACGUAACGAUGGGCAAAAGCGCCAACGCCUGGAUCGGGCUGGUCAGGAGAACCUCAGCCCUACAACAUCUUCUGGACGUUCAACUGAGCAAGCGCUGAGGCCGGACACACCGGCCAUCAACUCGGUGCGCUCCCGGGUGCAGCAGCUCACCCAGAGACGAGAAGGAGGACCUGUCCUGGCCCAGAGGUGUCUGUCAGAUCCCGGGGCUGACAACCUGUCCAUCAUUCUGCACAACAAAGGCCUCACCGAACAUCUCCUAGGGGAAGAUGAGUUCCAUCAGCGCAUGGAGCGGUUCAAAGCCCCCAUCUUCCAGCCUAGCCCAAGCCUGGUCCCUUCAAGUCCCCGGACCUGCUCGGUUUUAGUUUCUGGCAUCCAACAGAAACUCCAGGGCAGCCUAACCCCCAGCUCCAAGCAGGCAGUCUUAGUACGACAGGAGCGAGAGAAAGAGCUGCGCCUGUUAUCUGCUCAACCAAUCAGCGAAAACGCCUGGCUGAAAAGAAGCUCAUCCGAUCCAACAAUAUCUGAGAAGGGGAGGGUCACUCCUGGCCCCUCCCCCUCCACCUGGACGCCUCAUGGAUAUAGAAGGAAAGUCCACUGGCCUCCCGUGCACCCCCGGGACCAGGGAGAUAACUCGGCAGAUGGCAGUUGCACUAAAACUCUUGUUCCUAAAUCAGAGAAGCCAAAGGAGAAAACCACAGGAGAGCUGAGCUCCCAUGACGAGACCAACACGGCGGAGAUGAUUGACCAGAUGUUCGAGGAGGUGCUGGAGUACGCCGGACGCAUGGAGGAAGAGCGGCGGGACAACGAAGACACAGAAGACCGUGACAGCGGCAUCGGGAACUACAGUGGGGACAAGAGCAAGAUGGACACCGAGUCCGAGAAGGAGAGGAGUGAGGAAGAGGAGGGGGAGCAGCCCGAGAAGAAGAGCUUGGAGAGAGGGGGAGAGAACGAGGCGCUAGAGACCAGUGAAGACCAGUUGCGGACCUUCCCUCCCAGUGGCAUCCUGUCUCCCCUCAGCAAGUCAGUAGAGGCUGUGGUCACUCCUCUGGGUCUGGCAGUGUCCACUCCCCCGUCUCUGCUCCUGACUCCAGAAGAAGAGCCAUUCACAGCCCCUGCAGCGGAGUCUGCUCCCUUAUACAGCAUUGAUGCCUACCGCACACAAAGGCAGAGCAAGCUGCCUGCCAUUCAAAGUGUGACUCCUGCAGUUCAGAGGCGGGCCCCAGAGAAAUCCCGCCCUCCGCCUUCCAUCAACACUAAAGAAAAGAUUGUGGCCCUCACUGAGGAGGCUGGGAAGCUGCAGACGGUGAUCUCCCAGACCCUGUAGGCGCUGAGCUGCUACACCGAUGAGACCCACGGCCGGGGUUCACUGGAGGAGGCCGAGGCGGAGAAGCUCCUGCUGGUCUCCUGUGAGAAGCGUGCAGCUCUGCUGGCGGAGGUGACCAGGCUGAGGGAUGAGAGGGGUUCAGCCUCUGAGGAGCCGGCCGGAGCUGAUGGGGACUACAUCUCCCAGCAGCCCUGCAGAGGGACUGUCAAUAUCGGCAAUGUCCAGCUGCCUCUCAAAGUGGAGUUUGUCUGCUCCUCUCGUAACCGCAAAGGUCGCCCAAGUCACUACUUCUUCAUUCUGAUUCGCUACGGCCCCUGCAACAUCGUGGCCACUCCCUUGGCCACAGCUGCCGACGCCAAAAACGGAGACACGAUCUCGUUCCCCACCUCUGUCACUUUAAAGGACAUUCGCUCCAACUUUGAGAUUGACGUGGAAGUGUAUAGCCUGUCCCACGCAUCAGGGAGCACCUGCACUGUGGAUCGCAUCUCCACCAAACCACGGGUCACCCCAAGGAAGCUCCUGAGUACAAUCACUGUGACUGCUGCCUCUGGUACAGCUUCCACACUGCCUGCCCUUAACACACGCCGCUCUAGUAGCUUCUGCCUGGUGGGCUCCCAUAAGAUCACUCUGUCCUCGCUGGGACAGACCAAGUUCCCUCUGGAUAAGAUGAAAUUUGAUGGGAAAAUCAGGAAGCUCCUGGGAGAUGAGUUUCAGGAAAAGGUUCCCUUCCUGUCUCCUCUGGAGGGCAACAUCUACCUGCGCCUGGACAGCGAGGGCCACUCCAGCGUGCAGCACCAGGGCUUCCUGACCAUGUUUGAGGUGGUGAAUGGAUUUGGGGCGUGGCACCGGCGCUUCUUCACACUGGAGGGCUCCCACAUGUUUUACUGGAACCACCCCAAUGACAAGGAGGCCAAGGCAGCAGAGGGCACCAUUUCUCUGGCCAGUUCGCCCAGCCUGUGUGUGAAGCCUGUGAAGAGGGACUCCUGUGCUCGACCUUUCACCUUUGAGCUUGUCAGCAACCUCCAAACACAGCUGAGGAAUGAGGCCAAGGAGACCGUAGCAAAGCGCUGGUUCUCCUCAGACACCAAGCAGGAGCGCUGCGACUGGAUGGACAAACUCAACCAGGUGCUGCUGGACCUGCACACGUGGACCCCCACACAGGCCCACAGCCAGCCCCAGGAGGCCUCCAGCAGCAGCAGCAGCCUGAGGGAGAGCCUGCUCUAACCCUGCC